AUGAGUGUUCGUCGACGUCGUCCGGCGCAAUAUCAGAAUUUAUCGAUUAAAUAUAUAAUUGGAAAAAAAGACCUCGAGGCGGAAUGCUUUCAUCGACAAUAUUAUCAUGUAUAUCGGGCAAGGAUUAAACUGUUGAGGAAUCGAAUUAUCGAUAACGCAAAACUGUUACUUGGUGAUGAUAUUGAACCAUGUCGACUUACAAAAGCUAAAAAAGGUGAUGAAGUUUUGGUUAUUGGUACAAUAGCAAAGCGUGUUAAAUUAAGACCAAGCGUCCUUCGUGAUCUUGCGGAAGAGCAGCUCAUCCUUCCACAACCAGUUGCUGAAGAUAAAUUAAUAGGCGAAGAAGAUUUUGUGGAAUUUGAAGACGACGACCAAAUUGUACGUCUUUCCGGUGAUUUUGUUAUGGACGAAGUUGCUACAGGAUGUGUGGUUGGUAUAUAUGGCAGACAACUUGAUAAUGAUAUCUUUCAAGUUAUUAAGAUAAUUUGGCCUUCUAAAGCACCGCAGCCGACAUAUCCAGUUUUAAACGAUGACAGGUAUAUUGCGUUCGUCUCGGGAUUCUCAUUUACUGGCCAAGCCGACGCUGAAAAAAUAUUUUCUCUUGAUUUGUUGCAAAAAUGGCUUUGUGGCUUACUACCGCUUUUCGAAAAAGAGCGUGAUAUUGUAGAAAGAACAGUACGAUUGGUAGUAGCCGGAGAAAGUGUUGCUAUCACGGAGCAGGGGAGAGAAUUUACGACAGCUGCUCGUUAUCUAAUCAAAAAUGAGGAAUGUCCAAACGUUGAAUGUGUAGCACAUAUGGAUAAAUUUUUAUCAAAGAUAUCUAAUUUGCUGGAAGUUGAUGUGAUGCCUGGCCUAGGUGAUCCAUCUACUUAUUUAAUGCCUCAGCAACCCAUUCAUCGUGCAGUAUUUGUAAUGGGUUCAAAAUACGGGAGAAUGCUCAAUCUUGUUACGAAUCCUUACGAAUUCAGCGUGGAAGGCGUUCAUAUUUUAGGAACAUCCGGAGAGUGCUUGUCUGAUCUCAAACGUUUUACGAAAACAUUAAGUGGUGUUGAAUUACUUAGCAAAGUUCUGGACUGGCAACACCUGGCACCGACUAUUCCGGAUACCGUAGAUGGAUUUCCAUUCAUAGAUCGAGACCCAUUCAUUAUUGAAUCAUUCCCUCAUAUACUUUUUGCUGCUAAUCAGCCGGAAGCAUCACAUGCUUUAGUUGAAUUUGAAGGAAAUCGGCGAACACUUCUUCUUUCCGUACCGAGUUUUACAAAAACAUUCUCAAUGGUGCUUGUAAACCUACGGAAUCUUGAAGUUAUUGAGCAUAACUUUUUUGUUGACCGGCUAAUUUGUGACAUUUAA